AUUCCCAUGAACAAGAAACAACAUAGAAAAGUUCGCCUAUAUAUAUAUUCAAUUUUUUCACGUUCGCCUUCGACAGAGAUCUCACUCAACUCAACCGCCUCCACUCUAACCAAACCAUCUUCUCUGAGCCAUUCAUCGCUCCCUCGGAGAGAUGGCAGUGUCGGAUGGAUCACCAACCCCUCAGAUGGUUGGGAAUGCUUUUGUUGAGCAGUAUUAUUCUAUACUGCAUCAGGAGCCAGACCAAGUUCACAGAUUUUAUCACGAGUCUAGUGUCCUGAGUCGUCCUGAAGAAGACGGUUCCAUGACAAUGGUGACCACUACUGUGGAAAUCAAUAAAAAGAUACUCUCUCAGGAUUACACAAGCUUUAGGGUAGAAAUUCUGAGUGCUGAUGCCCAAUCUUCACACAAGGAUGGGGUAAUAGUUGUAGUGACUGGCUGCUUAACUGGAAGUGACAAUCUGAAAAGGAAGUUUACUCAGUCCUUUUUCCUAGCUCCGCAGGACAAAGGCUACUUUGUUUUGAAUGAUAUUUUCAGAUAUAUUGAUGAGUAUAAGUCAGUUGAUAUUGAGUCUGUGCCUGUGAAUGAUGCUGAUGAAAGUGCUCCAACAGAUUCUUUUACCCCUGAGCCUGAGGUCAUUCAAGCUGCCGAAGAUGUUCCAGAUAGCCAAACUACUGUUGUUGAUGAUGACAUUAGUGUCAGCAAAGAUGUCAGCCAGCCACUGGAGAAUGGAAAAUUAUCAGUUCCUGAAAAGAUUGUUCCUGUCAAUCAUGUUAAAGAAUCCAGUCACCUGGAACAUCAUUCACAUGCUGAGAAAGCUGCUUCUAGUAACUCACAGGAGGAUACUCCAAAGAAGUCUUUUGCAUCAAUAGUGAAUGCACUGAAAGAAAAUGCUGCUCCCUUCCAUAUGAGGGCUUCCCCUGUGAAAGCUGUAGAACAGCCACGUGUUCUCAGCAUACCUGCAUCGGAAGCACCAACUCCUAGUGUUGAGAGUCCAACCGAAAAGAACAAUGAGAAUGGAGGCAAGGCUUAUGCAAUAUUUGUUGCAAAUUUGCCCAUGAAUGCCACAGUAGAACAACUGGAACGUGUUUUCAAGAAAUUUGGGCCCAUUAAAAGGGAUGGAAUUCAAGUUAGAAGUAGUAAGCAACAGGGAUCUUGUUUUGGGUUUGUGGAGUUCGAAUCUGCUACUUCAAUGCAAGGUGCACUUGAGGCUUCACCUCCUGUCACCUUGGACAACCGAAGGCUUUCAAUUGAAGAACGAAGAGCUAACAGUGAUAGGGGGAGAUAUUCAUCAGGAAGGGGUGGAUACCGGAAUGACAGAAAUGAUAACUUCAGGGGCCGUGGAAACUUCGGUGGUGGUGGUGGUGGCCGUGGUGGCUAUGGAAAUAGGAAUGAUAAUUUUGAGAAGCGGGGUGAGUUCACUGGCAGGCCUAGAGGAGGAAACAAUGGUGGUGGGCGUAGCAAUGGAGAAGUUGUGGCAAGGAGUUAUCAGAAUGGAGGAAAAGUCACUCGUCAACCAGUGAAAGUUCAGUGAAGUACUUCAUUUUGUUGGGAAUUGAGUGACAACGGCAUUUACUUAUAGAUAGCGGCAUCUAAGGAUUUUGGUUUGCAACUGCAUCAUUUAGAGUCUUUUUUUUUUUCUUUAAUAGCUGCCAUGAUCCCUUCGUACAAGAGUUUUUCGGUUAAUUCACAUAAUUCCCCAUACCUACUUCUCUUCACUUUCAUUUUUUCCAAUUUUGUUACAUUUUGUAUCUAUUAUUCUGGAAUAAUUGUUUGGAUUCGGCUACAAUUAUAUGCCAUUUUUUUUUAUAA